UGUGUUGCAGGUGUGAGUGACCUGUGGCUGUAGGUCGCCGCUGAGAGGAGAGGAUCGGUACACGCAGCCUCUCUGGCUGUCGGGAGGAGGAGAGGAGACCAGCACCCGGGGCUCAGAGACCGGCCGUCCACAUGAGGCCCUGCUAAAUGGGCAGGGGGGCUUCUAAGAGCGCUCCAGGGCUUCGAGAGCCCCCUUGUGAACCGUAGCCAGCACUCCGACCCCGCACCCCGGAAGAAUCUCCCUCUUUUUUUUGUCCCAGUCGGAGCUCUUUUUUCUAAUCUUUUUUAAACGCACAAACGCUCCCGACGCACACUCACGCACGCACACGUCCCCCGCACCCCCCCAGCGAGGCCCCAGAGGAGCCCCCCCCCCCAGAGGAUGCUGGAGGUGCAGGAGGAGCGGCCAGCGGCGGCCGGGGCGGCGGCGACACACUUCAACAAGAAGGAGCGGGGGAAGAAGGAGCGGGAGGACGCCAAGGACGGGCGGGGGGGCCCGGGCGGGGCGGGGGGGCCCGGCGCCGGGCCCCGGAACGUGCGGGCCAAGGCGCCGCUGUCGCACGCCGGCAGCCCCCACCAGCUGAUCACCCCCCCCUGCUCGGUGGUCCUCGGAGCGCCGUCCAUGCACGCCAGCCGGCUGAAGAACUCCCCCACGGCCAACACGCAGAGCCCUAAACCCAAGACGGAGGCCAUGGUGCGCUCCCCCCCUGUCAUGUCCCCCUCCACUGCCGGCCAGAUGGACUCUAAACCGCCCAACCAGGGGAAGCCAGGAAGUGCGGGCGGCCAAUCGCAGCCCUCCCCCUCGGACCCAAAGUCCCUGGGGGCCAAGGGGGCCGGGGGCGUGGCCGGGGGCAUGGGGAUGAAGAACGGCCAGGGCCUGACCUCCGGCCCCGGCUCCAAGGUCAAGGUGAAGCGGGAAAGAAGCACGUCGGUGGAGUCGUACGAGCUGCCGGAGACGGGAACGCCCACCGGAGAGGAGAAGGACAGCAGCAGGGUGAAGCGUAUGUGCGUGGCGGAGAGGCGGCAACCCUACAGCGGGGCGGACUGGUGCUCCGGGGGGGAGAGCGACGAGGACGACAAAGGCUUCUUCAACUGUAACUCUGGCGACGUGAAGCCACAGGACGCCAUCUCCCACUCAACCUCCAACGCCGGGCUCAGCCGCGCCUCCACACCUUCCCACAAUGCACUGGGGGGUCAGGUCUCCGUGACGGAGCCCAGCAGCGGCCAGAAGGCGGGGUCAAAGGUCGUCUACGUCUUCACCACCGAGAUGGCCAACAAGGCGGCCGAUGCGGUUCUGACCGGUCACACAGAAAACAUCAUCAGCUUCCACAUGAAGAACAUCUCCAACAACAAGGAGAAGGCCCACCUCCUCCUGAACAACGCCCUCCGGAAUGAGUCCAAGCCCCCGGGGCAGCCCCAGUCCCACCAGGACCCCCCCCACCAGCCCGGACCCAAGCCCGGCAUGACGGACUCCGGCCCGCCCCAGACCUCCAACCAGGGGGCCCAGUCCGGGGUCCAGGCCCAGGAGGGCUCCUCCUCGGGGGGCAUGGAGCCUAAGCACCUCCCCGGCAACAGCCCCGGUCACCCCUCGGCCCCCGGCGACCAGCCCCCCGGGGGCCAGCCGGAGGGCGGCGGGGGCCACGGCGGCCCCCAGCAGGGCGACGGGGGGCCGGCGGCGGGGGGCCAGGGCAGCGCGGGCCUGACCCCCCAGCAGCAGCAGCAGCAGCAGCAGCUGGCCCAGGAGCUGCUGAACAUGGAGGCCAACACGGACGGGCUGUCCCAGGAGCAGAUGGAGCACCGGCAGCGCUCGCUGCAGACGCUGCGCGACAUCCAGCGCAUGCUGUUCCCCGACGACCGCGACGCCCCGCCGCCCGGGCCCCCGCAGUGCCACGGGGGCCCCCACGAGGGCGGCCCCGACGGCGGGCCCCGCCGGCCGGAGCAGGGCCCGCUGCAGGCCAUGAUGGCCCAGUCCCAGAGCCUGGGGCCCCCCGGCGGGCCCCGGCCCCAGGGCCCGCCCUUCGGCCCGCCGCACGGCCCCCGGGAGAUGCCGCCCUUCCCGCAGGACGACAUGGGCCCCCACAUGGGGGGCCCGGGCGGCUGCGGGGACGGGGACCAGAUGACCCCGGAGCAGGUGGCCUGGCUGAAGCUGCAGCAGGAGUUCUACGAGGAGAAGAAGAGGAAGCAGGAGAUGCAGCACCGCCCGCUGCCGCCCGACAUGAUGAUGCACCCCCACGGCCCCCGGGCCAUGAUGCGCGGGCCCCCGCCGCCCUACCAGAUGGGCCCCGGGGAGAUGUGGGGGGGCCCCGGGGGGCCCCCAGAGCACUACCAGGAGCGCAUGGGCCCCGGGCCCCGCGGCAUGCCCCAGCACAUGCAGCGCAUGCCGGGCUUCCAGGGCAUGAUGAACCCGGACAUGGACGGGCCCCCGCGGCCCGGCAUGGGCUGGCCCGACGACAUGCCCCCCCGCAUGGGGGACCCCAGGAUGGGGGACCCCAGGGGCUUCCCCGGGGGCCCCGGAGGGAUGUUCGGGGGCCCCGGGGGGCGGGGCGAGCGCUUCCCCAACCCCCAGGCGGUGCAGGAGGCCAUGUUCCACCAGGGGAUGGGCCCCGGCGGGGGGGGCCCGGGCGGGGGGGGCCCCGGGGACAAGGGCCUCCCGCCCGGCAUGAUGAUGGACAUGCAGCGCAUGAUGGGUCACCAGCGGGGGGGCAUGGAGCCCGGGGCCAUGGGCAUGUUCCCCCGCAUGCCGGGGGACGGGCCCAUGAGCCCCUCCGCCCGGCUGCAGGGCAUGGGGGGCCGCGAGAUGGGGCCCGAGUUCGGCAUGGGCGGGGGCCCGGGGCCCCACAUGCACCCGUCCAAACUGCGCGGGGAGCCGCCCAUGAACAUGAGCCCCGACGAGAUGAUGAGGAUGAGGGCGGGCGGGGGGCCCCCCAUGGAGAACAUGGGCCCCCAGGGCCGGCCCAUGCAGGGGCCUCCGUUCCCGGACCAGGGCCAGCCGGGAGACUUCCCCAUGGGCCCGGGGCGGCCCUUCCCGGGGGGCCCCGGGGGCAUGAGGGGCCCCCACGGGGAGCAGGGUCCCUUCGGCCCCGAGCACCGGCCCGGGGGCCCCGCCAGCGGCAACGGGCGGCUGAACCACCUCCCCCCGGGGGGGGGGCCCGGGCCCGGCCAGAGGGGCCGCAAGCCGGCUGACCUCAACGUCCAGGCGGGGGGGGGCAACUCCCCCAGCAUCAACCCCCUCAAGUCCCCCCCCCUGCGGCAGGUCCAGUCCCCCAUGAUGGGCUCCCCCUCCGGGAACCUCAAGUCCCCCCAGACGGCGUCCCAGCUGGCCGGCAUGCUGUCCGGCCCCCCGGGGCCCAACGCCCCGCCCACGGGCGGCCCCCAGAGCUCGGGGCCCAUGAAGUCCCCCCACUCCAUGAUGGGCUCCGCCGGGGCCUCCCCGGUGCACAUGAGGUCCCCGUCUCUCCCCAACCCCUCCCCGGGGUGGGCCUCGUCCCCCAAGCCCCCCAUGCAGAGUCCGGGGGUCCCGCCGCAGGGGGGCAAGCCCCCCCUCAACAUCACCUCGCCCAACAUGAUGGGCAACAUGGAGCAAGGUGGCAACGGGCCCCCCUCCGCCCCCCCCUCCUCGGGGGCCCCCUCGGGCCCCAUGUCCCACCCGGGCAACGUGCCCUCGGGCAGCCCCUACACCAUCCCCCCCGAGCCCACGCUGUCCCAGAACCCGCUGUCCAUCAUGAUGUCCCGCAUGUCCAAGUUCGCCAUGCCGAGCUCCACGCCGCUGUACCACGACGCCAUCAAGACGGUGGCCAGCUCCGACGACGACUCGCCGCCCGCGCGCUCGCCCAACCUGCCCUCCAUGAACAACAACGGGAUGGGGAUGAACCAUCACCAGGGCAACCCUCGCAUGAUGGGCCCCAACAACUCGGGGCCCAUGCCGGCCCUCAGCCCGCUGGGCAUGACCCCCAUGGGCUCCCAGCCCCUGUCCCACGGGAUGGCCCCCCAGAUGCCCUCCCCCAACGCGGGCCCCAACAUGGGCCCCGGCAUGAUGCCCCACGGCAUGAUGGUGUCCCACGGCCAGGACCCCGGCAUGGGCCCCGGACAGAUGAUGGCGCAGGGCCGAAUGGGGUACCCCCACCGGGGCCAGGGCUACCCGCUGACCCAGUCCCCCUCCCAGCAGGGGCCCUUCUCCCCCCACAACGGCCCCGGGCCCCAGGGCUUCCCCGGCCACCCCAUGGGCUUCCAGGGCGAGGGUGGCCCCAUGGGGGGCCGCAUGGGCAACAUGUCCCACGGGGGCGACGGCGGCGGCGGCAUGUGCAAGCCCAACCCGUCCGGGGGCCCGGAGUUCGGCGGGAUGCAGGGGGGCUUCAGCGACGCGGACCUCCACGAGGUGAUGCGGCCGGGGGCCUCGGGGAUCCCGGAGUUCGACCUGUCCCGGAUCAUCCCGUCGGAGAAGCCCAGCCAGACUCUGUCCUACUUCCCCCGGGGGGGGGGCGACCCGGGGGGCAAGCAGCCACACCCCUCCGGCUUCCCCAUGCAGGGCAUGAUGGGCGAGGGGCCCCCCAGGAUGGGCAUGCCCAUGCAGGGGAUGGGCGGCAUGCCGGGGGGCCCCGGCGGGGGGAUGGGCCCCCAAGACAUGGCCAUGGGGAACCCGGGGGGCCACAACCCCAUGCGGCCCCCGGGGUUCAUGGGUCAGGGCAUGAUGGGGCCCCAGCACCGGAUGAUGUCGCCGGGGGGCCCCGGGGGCAUGAUGUCCCCCGGGGGGCCCGGCGGGAUGAUGCAGGGGAGGCAGAUGGCCCACCCGGGGCCCGGGGGCUCGCCCAACAUGAUGAUGUCGCUGCAGGGGAUGGGCGGGCCCCCGCAGCAGACGAUGAUGAUGGGCCAGAUGAGGCCCCGGGGCAUGGACAUGGACAUGGGCUUCAGCCCGGGGCCCGGCAUGUUCUGACCGCGCUCCGAGGACGUCCCGGGACGUUCCACGAGCAUGGAGGAGGGGGAGCGGUCGUGGGUGGGGGGUGAGGGACUCUAGACCCUGGAGGAGCAGGUCCCGGCGCGUCCUGGGGGCCCCGGCUCCAGGGGCCACAGGGCGGGGGGCGCUGUGGAGUACUUUUGGCCACAAGGACUUUUCGUUUUGGGCUCAUGAACUUCAGAAUGUAUGGAUUGUUGUGCAUCGAUUUCGCUAAAAAAAAAAAGAACUUUCUGGUGUUUUUUGAUUAUGGGACUUAUGAAAGCGCCGUCAAAGAGGAUCCGCCUAACUACACGUCGCCGUGGAGACGCCACAGUAUAUGUCUACUUUUACAAAUAAAAAAAAGUCCUGAAAGCGGUCACCGGAGAACGGAGUAAAGACGACUUGUGCUUCGUGAAGAUUCAGUGGAACUCCAUCUCGUCCCUCCCUCCAUAGUUCGGACUGUUUCUGUACAGUAUAUUCCUGUGAGUGUGUGGGUGUGUGCGCGCCAGAGACUGUGUUUGUGUGGUACGUAUGUGUCUGUAUGUAUAGGCAUUCUAUCGGUGACCUCUGACCUCCUACCCUCCUUUCAUUGGUGGAGGCCUGCCCCCCCCCCACCCUCUAAAGAUACUGUACCGUUUACCAUUGGUGGGCUUUUUGAAUUUUAGUCUAUUUUAAUUUCCUUUGUAACUCCAGUGUAUAACAAACCAAACGAUGACCUCAUUAAGAUAAUAGUAUUAUUAAAAAAAAAAGCACAACCACGGCCCUGCGGGAGUGUUCCUCCUCCGUCGUGGAGCCGCGGCGCCCGCCUGGCCGCACUUUGAUCAUCUCCAAAGUCCGUCAGCCCGGGCUCCAGCCCGACCCAGCGCUCAGCGUGGAUCCCGUUCGUACCGAUACGUGCUCUGUGUUCUGCUUUCUGUUGUGUUCCUAUGUUCAGUUUUAUUUUUUUGAUUUUUUUGUUUACGAUGCUCUUGUUGAAAUCUGGGUAUAACAAUUUUAAGAAAUCAUUCCCACAGCAAUAAUCCCCACAUUAAGGAGGUUAUCAGGAUGGGACGAUGGGAUUGGUUGAUAUUCUAGAAGUAGAGCUAGUUAGAGCCGGUUAACGCCAGGAAGGCUGGCCCCAUGUCCGGAGUAGACACACGGAAAUGUACAACUCUUAAUGCUUUCCAUCCAGUGGACUUCCUUCUGUUGUAUAAGCUUGUCAUGUGUUUCUCCUUGGCUUUGGUGCAGAAUAGCCUCCCAGGGCUGUGGUGAUGGACUACAAAUAAAAGAUAUUGUUUUGGUAUAUACAUGUUG